AUGGAGAACUACACUUAUAACAGUAACCUGCUUCUCCUGGAAGGAUUACAGGUCACCCAGGAGUCCAUGUACCCUGUGUUUCUCUUCUUCCUCUCCUCCUACAUCUUCAUCAUGGCCUCCAACAUAGGCAUUGUGGUGCUCAUCUUCAUAGAGAGAGCUCUGCACCAGCCCAUGUACCUUCUCUUCUGCAACCUGUCACUCAACGACAUCAUCGGCAACUCCAUCACAAUCCCUCGGUUACUGAUUGACUUGUUGGCACCUUCAUCAGUGCACUACAUCAGUUAUGCCGAGUGUGUGGUACAGGCCUUUGCAACACAUAUUUAUGGCACCACCUCUCACACCAUACUGAUGAUCAUGGCCUUUGACAGGUAUGUGGCCAUCUGCAACCCCCUACGCUACACCACCAUCAUGAGCACCAGGAUGGUGGUCAAGCUGACUGUGUUAGCCUGGGGUGCAGCUUUCCUCCUGGUUGCCAUUCUGCUGGGUUUGACCCUUCGCUUGAACCGCUGCAGGACAUUCAUAUCUAACCCUUUCUGUGACAAUGCCUCUCUGUUCAAGCUCUCCUGUGAGGAUGUCUCCAUCAACAACAUCUACGGGCUUGCUUUCACUGUAGUUCUGUUUACCUCCUCUAUAGGCAGUGUGCUGGUCACCUACACCAAGAUCACAGCAGUCUGUCUGAUCAAUCAGAACAAGUCCAUGAACAGUAAGGCCAUCAGGACAUGUGCCACACAUCUGGUUAUCUACCUUGUCAUGCUGUGGUGUAGCUUUGUCAUCAUUAUACUGCAUCGCUUUCCCAAGUACUCCUACUACAGGAAGAUUGCUGCUCUGCUCUUUCAUAUAAUCCCUGGCAGUCUGAAUCCAGUCAUCUAUGGGGUCCAAUGCAAAGAGCUACGCAAAUACAUUUUUUCCUCCAAGAAAAUCUCCCCAGUAUUUUGA